AUGUUAGAAGGAGAGUAUAAAGUAACAAUUUCAGAUGGAAAUAAAAAUAAAUUAUAUGAGACAAUUUUACCAAAUGAAGAAGCUGAAGAUUCUUAUAGUGAGAAUGAUAGUGAUAUCGAUUAUGAUGAAGAAAGUAAACAAAAGGAUAAAAAUGAUUUUUCUAUAGAAACUCAUGAUAAAGAUAACAAUAUAAGAAAGAAUUGGCCAUUUCAAGAUGAAGACAACGAAAACUCGGAUUCUCUAUUAAACAGAUAUUUAAGUUCCGAAGAAUUCAAUGAAUUCAAAGAGGAGGAGAAUGAACAAAUUUUAUUAGAUGAACAAACUGCAACAAUAAGUGGAGUAACUGCUCAAAAUUCAAAUAUAAGACAAAAUGCAACAAUAAAUGCAGUUUCAUUUCCAAACACAAAUCAAAGACAAAAUGCAACAAUAAAUGCAGUUUCAUUUCCAAACACAAAUCAAAGACAAAAUGCAACAAUAAAUGCAGUUUCAUUUCCAAACACAAAUCAAAGACAAAAUGCAACAAUAAAUGCAGUUUCAUUUCCAAACACAAAUCAAAGACAAAAUGCAACAAUAAAUGCAGUUUCAUUUCCAAACACAAAUCAAAGACAAAAUGCAACAAUAAAUGCAGUUUCAUUUCCAAACACAAAUCAAAGACAAAAUGCAACAAUAAAUGCAGUUUCAUUUCCAAACACAAAUCAAAGACAAAAUGCAACAAUAAAUGCAGUUUCAUUUCCAAACACAAAUCAAAGACAAAAUGCAACAAUAAAUGCAGUUUCAUUUCCAAACACAAAUCAAAGACAAAAUGCAACAAUAAAUGCAGUUUCAUUUCCAAACACAAAUCAAAGACAAAAUGCAACAAUA